AUGGGUUUCACCAAUUUCUGGCAGCGACUCUCGUCGCGACAACUCAAUUUCGCGAUUCACGCCUUCUCCCUUGUCUCCAUCUUCUUCGAAGGAUAUGACCAAGGGGUGAUGGGAGGUGUCAAUUCGGCGCCAAAAUACGUGACGCGAGUAGGAAUCGGAACUGCCGAUGGAACUAUUACGGAUACGACACACCAGGGUGGCCUCGUCAGCGUGUAUUAUCUGGGAUGCAUAUUCGGUUGCUUUGCAGGUGGCUGGUUGGCAGACCGCAUCGGCCGGGUCAACGGGCUUUUCAUCGGCUCGCUGUUCGCUCUCGUGGGAGGCGCUUUACAGGCGGGCAUCACCAGCUCAGACUUCAUGUUGGUUGCGCGCGUUAUCACCGGGGUUGGCACAGGUGCAUUGACUGGAAUAACCCCAGUGCUGGUUUCGGAGACUUCUUCUGCAGACCAUCGAGGCAGCUUUUUAGGCUAUGUCUUCAUUGCCAACUAUCUAGGGAUCUCCAUCGCGUACUGGCUGUCAUUUGGCCUUGCGUUUAUCCAUGGAGGGUACUCGGACUUGAGGUGGCGCUUUUUACUUGCAUUUCAGUGCAUUCCGACCUUGUUCAUUGCUCUUUUUGUCAAGAUUUUGCCGGAUAGCCCCCGAUACCUCGCAUCGGUUGGACGCAAUGAGGAAGCUAGAGAAUUGUUAGUGCUGAUCCGAGGUCGCAGGACAACUCUCGAGGCGAUUCAGCAGGAGUAUCACGAAAUCUUGGCUGCUUCGCAAAGCAGUAAACCUAGCUCUCCCAUUCAGUUUGUUAAAAUCCUCAUUGGCAGGGGUGGCAAGCCGGGAGCCAAUUUAGGUCGGCGUGCCUGGCUAUGCAUUUUGCUUCAAAUCAUGGCAUCUUGGACUGGUAUCACGGCUAUCACGGCCUACUCUCCUACUCUUCUUGGUCAGGCCGGCUAUAGUGAAAUCACACAAAACGGUCUCGCUGGCGGCCUGAACACUAUUGGUGUAAUCGGCACCAUCAUCAGCGCGCAUAUUGUCGACCGCCUGGGCCGUCGACGCUGUUUGAUGCUUGGUUCCGCUAUUUUAUUCUCUGUUGAACUGAUUGCUGGGUCAAUAUAUGAAGCUUCCCUUCAGAAUUCUAGUAAAGCAGCUGAGUACGCCCCGGCGGCUGUUUCAAUGCUAUUUCUAUUCAACCUAGGAUAUGCUGCAACAUGGGGAACAGUGGCCUUUCUCUUGCCGACUGAGAUAUUUCCCUCGGAAAUGCGUGCCCAAGGUAAUGGAUUUGGCAUCACGGGCUGGGCCCUUGGGGUUGGCAUGACGACCCUGAUCAACCCGGUCAUGCUGGAAAGUCUUCAGAGCCGGAGUUACUUCCUGCUCGCUGGUCUCAAUCUGCUUUGGAUUCCAACGGUCUACCUCUUUUAUCCGGAGACCCGCAACCGGUCGUUAGAGUCCAUUGAAGCCUUGUUUUCAACGUCUAGCCCGUUUUCUUGGAACAUGGAACGAGCCUAUCAGCAGUAUGGCAGUGUUCUUGGGGAGCACGACACCAGUAUUAUCACUUCUGACGAGACUGAUCAGAGUGAAUCUACUAGAUGA